ACAAACGUAAAAGUUUGAACAGAUGCUUGUUUAGAUCAUAGAUUUUGUCCUGUUGUUUUUAUUUGAAAUAAAAUACUUGUAAUAAACUAUUACCUAGUUUUCUUGUUAGCAAUGAUCCACAGUUUGUUUAUUAUAAACCCUUCUGGGGACGUGUUUCUUGAGAAACACUGGAGAAGUGUAAUACCACGUUCUGUGUGUGAUUAUUAUUUGGAAGCUCAACGUGCAUCACCUAAUGAUGUACCACCUGUCUUAGCAGCACCACAUCAUUACUUAAUUUCAAUUCAGAGAGGUGGAGUUGCAUUGGUAGCUGUGAGCAAACAGGAAGUUGCCCCACUUUUUGUUAUUGAAUUUUUACAUAGAGUUGUUGAUACAUUCCAGGACUACUUCUCUGACUGUACGGAAACUAUUAUUAAAGAAAAUUAUGUUGUGGUUUAUGAGCUAUUGGAUGAAAUGUUGGAUAAUGGAUUCCCAUUGGCAACCGAAAGCAAUAUAUUGAAGGAACUGAUUAAACCACCAAAUAUUUUAAGGACAAUUGCUAAUACUGUAACGGGAAAAUCUAAUGUUUCAUCAAUACUGCCCUCUGGUCAGCUAUCUAAUGUACCGUGGCGUAGAUCUGGAGUUAAAUAUGCAAAUAACGAAGCUUACUUUGAUGUGGUUGAAGAAGUGGAUGCAAUUAUCGAUAAAAGUGGUGCCACAGUCUCAGCGGAAAUUCAAGGAUAUGUUGACUGUUGUAUCAAGUUAAGUGGAAUGCCAGAUUUAACCCUUACAUUUGUUAACCCAAGACUGUUUGAUGAUGUAUCAUUCCAUCCAUGUGUAAGAUUUAAGAGAUGGGAGUCAGAAAGAAUCUUGUCAUUUAUACCGCCGGAUGGCAAUUUCCGGUUAAUGUCAUAUCAUGUUGGAUCACAAAGCGUAGUUGCGAUACCUAUUUACGUGAGACACAACCUCGUGCUGAAGUCGAACGGGGAUCAGGGAAGGUUGGAUCUGACUGUCGGGCCUAAACAGACUAUGGGCAGAACUUUAGAGAAUGUAGCACUGGAGAUUUGUAUGCCUAAAUGUGUAUUGAAUUGUUCUUUGACUGCCAACCAAGGGAAAUAUUCGUAUGACCCAGUUAGUAAAGUCCUUAUGUGGGAUAUUGGACGCAUCGAAUUACCGAAGCUACCUAAUAUAAGAGGCACGGUAUCCGUACAAUCGGGUGCGGACACAUCGGGCGCGAACCCGAACAUCAACGUGCACUUCACGAUCCCGCAGCUCGCAGUGAGCGGGCUGCGCGUCAGCCGCCUCGACAUGUACGGCGCUAAGUACAAACCGUUCAAGGGCGUCAAAUAUAUCACGAAGGCCGGCAAAUUCCAUAUAAGAAUGUGAUCGGAUUUUGUUGUUGUAGGGAAUCCUCUUUUCGGUUCUUGUUGAUUUUUAUGAAAGGGUGAAUAUAGACUAUGGCAUUUUUUAGUGAAAUUGAGCAUUCACUCUUUUUAAAUUUGAACGCAGCGUUUUGACGAUACGAUGCUCUUUUUUUUAAUCGGAUUUUAAAAACCAGCGAGCGUAUUGAGAUUGUUACUUUUUUGUAGAAAUAUUACAAAUAUGUAAAUGCACAUUAACUUUCAUCAUUACAACGAACAGAUCGUCGAGCAUUGGCACGAACGAACUUCGUUUACAAAGAAAUGCUCGAGAAAAUGCUCUAGUGUAUACCCACCCUUAUGUAUUUAAAGCUAUCUGUUUAUUAUGUGCAAUGUUUCUGUAGUUAUAAAUUUUGAUUUACACUCGUUGAUGGUUUGAAAGUGGCAGUUACUACCCAGUGUAUUGUUAAACUGUCUUCCACAGUUAUUAAAUAUAAGUGCAUGAGAAUAAACCGACAAUGUUCACUAUUCUAAUAAACAAUUAUGAUUAAGUAUGUAAUAAAGGUUUUAAUUGUCGUGAAAAUAAUAAAAGUAGGUAAUAGAAUCAUUAUUACUAAAUAUGUAAAGAGGAAAUUGGAAAUGUGUUUCUCAGAAGUAGGUAGGAUAGAAAAAUUAAAAUUUUAUCAGGAUACUUGUUUCAUUUAAUUAAAAUUGUAUGUGUAUGUAAUGUUUGUGUCCGUCAAAUUGUUAGGGUCGUGAGCGUGUAAGUGCUGAAUGCAUGAUCGAUUUUGAUCAAUAAUAAUUAUACUAACAAUAUGUAUUAGCAAUUUGAUGAAUGGGCGUUCAUAAUAUGAAAGGAUCUUUGUAUUUUUUUUUUAUAGUUUUUGUAUCUUAUUCUCACAAAACUUGUUAUACUUUACUGAAUAUGUUUAGUUGUUAAGAUUAUAUGUAUAAUAAAAUGUUUUUUUAUAA